AUGGCAUUAGCCAUCUCUCUCUCAUUCUCGCUCUCUGUCUCUCCAUCUCGCUCUCUAGCACUUUCCCUCCUCCUUUAUUCUUGUGCCUCUCUUUUUUCUCCCUUAUUACGCCUUUUUUUUCUCUGUUCCUCUUGUUUCUGUUUCCUCUCUUUCUUCGAAAUUAUUCCAGGUUUGUUUCAUCUCUUAUGCUGUCACUUUUACUUCAAAUCUUUCGUUCCUCUUUUUUGCUUUUCUCUCUCUCUCUCUCUCUCUCUCUCUCUCUCUCCUUUUUCUUCCAUGCCAACCUUCUCUCUACCUUCAUUUCUUUCUCUCUUUAUUCUUCCUCGCCAUCCUUCUCUCUAUAUUUAUUCCUUUCUCUCUCUCUGUCCCACCUUAUUCUUCCAUGCCAUCCUUCUCUCUACCUUCAUUUCUUUCUCUCUCUCUCUCUCUCUCUCUCUCUAUUCUUCCUCGCCAUCCUUCUCUCUACAUUCAUAUCUUUCUCCCUCUCCCACCUUAUUCUUCCUCGCCAUCCUUCUCUCUACGUUCAUUUAUUUCUCUCUCUCCCCCUCCCACUUAUUAUUCCACGCCAACCUUCUCUCUACAUUAAUUUCUUUCUCUCUGUCUCUUUCUCUCCUUAUUCUUUCUCGCCAUCCUUCUCGCUACAUUCAUAUCUUUCUCUCUCUCUUUCCUCCACCUUAUUCCUCCACGUCAUCCUUCUCUCUACCUUCAUUUCUUUCUCUCUCUCUCUCUCUCUCCCUUUAUUCUCUCUACAUUAAUUUCUUUCUCUCUGUCUCUUUCUCUCCUUAA